CCGCCCGCCCUGGCGGAGCGCGGAGCCUCACGCUUGCUUUCUCUCCCCUCCCCACAGGUGAGGCCGGCCUCUCUGCAGCCCGAGGCCUGAGCUCUGCCAUGGGGGUAGGGGUGUCAUUACUCCUGCAGUUUUCUCUGACGUCUGGGGGCCACCGGAGUGUGGGCCGAAGCCGGCGCUACAGCCGCAGGAGCCUCCCCAGCAGGAGCUGGAAAAAACCUCAUCUCCAGCUCCACAGCCUCCAGGCAGAGGAAGAACCGAUGCUGGAACGACGCUGCAGGGCCCCCCUGGCCAUGGGCUCGGCCCAGCCCCAGCUCCUUUCUGGGCCCUCCCAGGAGUCGUCCCAGACCCUGGAGAAGGAGCCCCACCGGCUGAGGUUACGAGGUACCUCGGUGGCCCAGCCAGGCAGCCAAGCUCCAGGUCGGGUCCAUCGCUGUACCCACUGUCGCCGGCACUUUUCCGGCUGGGUGGCCCUGUGGCUUCAUGCCCGACACUGCCAGGCCCGGCUGCCCCUGGCCUGCCCGGAAUGCGGCCAUCGCUGCCGACACGCCCCCUUCUUGGCACUGCACUGCCAGGUCCACGCGGCUGCCACUCCAGACCUGGGCUUCUCCUGCCACCUCUGCAAGCAGAGCUGCUGAGGCUGGGUGGCCCGUCUGCAUCUGCGGGUCCACUCGGCUGCCAAGCGGCCCCUCGCCUGCCCUGAGUGUGAGAGACGCUUCUGGCGACGAAAGCAGCUUCGAGUGCAUCUGCGGAGGUGCCAUCUCCCUACGCCUGAGGCCCGGCCAUUCACAUGUGGCAGUUGCGGCAGGAGCUUUGCCCAAUGGGACCAGCUAGUUGCUCACAAACGGGUUCAUGUAGCCGAGGCCCUGGAGGAGGCAGCAGCCAAGGCUCUUGGGCCUCGGCCCAGGGGCCGCCCGGCAGUGACUGCCCCCCGGCCCGUGGAGAUGCCGUUGACCGUCCCUUUCCGUGUGCCUGCUGUGGCAAGCGCUUCAGGCACAAACCCAACCUCCGUUGACCGUCCCUUUCAGUGUGCCUGCUGUGGCAAGCGCUUCCGGCACAAACCCAACCUGAUUGCCCACCGCCGCGUGCAUACUGGCGAGCGGCCCCACCAGUGCCCGGAGUGCGGGAAGCGCUUCACCAACAAGCCCUACCUGACCUCACACCGGCGCAUCCACACUGGCGAGAAGCCCUACCCGUGCACCGAGUGCGGGCGCCGCUUCCGCCACAAGCCCAACCUUCUGUCCCACAGCAAGAUCCACAGGCGGUCCGAGGGGUCCACCCAGAGCGCCGCCAGCGCAGGGAGCCCCCAGCUUCCAGCCGGUCCCCUGCAAUCCUCAGCACAGCCCACCGCCCAGGCUCCACCGAGACCUGCCCAGGAGCCUACCCCCAGCCUCUGCUGGAGGCCCCCGGAGAGGGGCCCCCGGGACCAGGCAGAAGCCCCCCCAUCUCUCUACAGCUGCGAGGACUGUGGCAGGAGCUUCCGGCUGGAGCGCUUCCUGCGGGCCCACCAGCGGCAGCACACGGGGGAGCGGCCCUUCAUCUGCACCGAGUGCGGGAAGAACUUCGGCAAGAAGACCCACUUGGUGGCCCACUCUCGGGUCCACUCCGGGGAGCGGCCCUUCGCCUGCGAGGAGUGCGGGCGUCGCUUCUCCCAGGGGAGCCACCUGGCAGCCCACCGGCGUGACCACGCGCCCGAGCGGCCCUUCGUCUGCCCAGACUGUGGCAAGGCCUUCCGCCACAAGCCCUACCUGGCGGCCCACCGGCGCAUCCACACCGGCGAGAAGCCCUACGUCUGCCCCGACUGCGGUAAAGCCUUCAGCCAGAAGUCCAACCUGGUGUCCCACCGGCGCAUCCACACUGGCGAGCGCCCCUACGCCUGCCCCGACUGCGAUAGGAGCUUCAGCCAGAAGUCCAAUCUCAUCACCCACCGCAAGAGCCACAUCCGGGACGGCGCCUUCUGCUGUGCCAUCUGUGGUCAGACCUUUGACGAUGAGGGGAAGCUCCUGGCCCAUCAGAAGAAGCAUGAUAUCUGAGGGCAGGGGCAUCGUUCGGGAGGAAGCGAGGCAGUGGGGCGGCGGGGCCUGUGCUGCUGUUGUGUAGCGAGGGCUGGAGGGGCAGGCCCUGUUAGAGAGGGAGGUCAGCCUCCACACCUUAGGCCAGGGAACCCACUGCAGAGCACAGGGACCCGGCCUCCAGCUGGGGUUGGCUGAGGUUCCCUCCUCACUGUCCUGUGCCCUGGAAAAGUAGCAAUAGCACCUGUACCCACCCCUUAGAGUCCGUCCUCCGCUGGAGGGGCUGCCGGUGGACAGGAUGACCCUUCUCUGGUGUUAACGCCUUAAUGUCCCUGCCUUUUAUUUUGAGCUCCUUCAGCUUGUUUUUGGAAGUAGGUGUGGUACAGUCCGUAGUAAA